CUCUGUUUCCCACCAUAUAAACCAUUGACAGUUCCUAAGUUUUGUAAAUUGUUCUCUCUCAUCGCUCGCUACACACAAAUCUGCCAUCACAAAAAAUGGCUUCGCCACCACCUCCUUCUCUGGGCCUACUAACUGUGAACCGGCACAAGCCGGAGCUGAUCUCCCCGUCGGGAGCGACGCCGCACGAGCUCAAGCUCCUCUCGGACGUGGACGACCAGGAGGGGCUUCGCUUUCAGGUUCCCUUCCUUCUCUUCUACCCAAACAACCCCUCAAUGAAAGGCCGAGAAGACCCGGCGAGAGUCGUCAAGGAAGCGCUCGCAGAGGCGCUCGUGUAUUAUUACCCGUUGGCUGGGCGGAUCCAGGAAGGGCCGAACCGUAAGCUUGCAGUGGACUGCACCGGCGAGGGGAUUCUCUUUGUGGAAGCCGACGCCGACGUCGGCCUCGAGGAGCUUUGCGACUCCAUGCUGCCGUCAUGUGGCUUCGCGGACGAGGUGUUGUGUGAUGUAGCCGGGUCGGGCGGCAUAGUUGGCUGCCCUCUGUUGUUGGUCCAGUUGCAGGUGACCCGUUUGAAAUGUGGGGGCUUCAUCCUCGGAAUCCGACUCAAUCACGCAAUUAGCGAUUCCCUCGGAGUUAAACAGUUCCUAGAGGCAGCCGCAGAACUCACAGGAGGCGCACCUGCGCCGUCUCGGCCGCCUGUUUGGCAGAGAGAAAUCCUCUGCGCGCGAGACCCGCCGCGAGUGACGUGCAUGCACCCUGAGUUCGAGGACGUCGUCGACACCGGAGGUGCAGCCAUGACGUUGGACCCCAACAACAUGGCGCACAGAUCGUUCUUCUUCAGCCCGCGCGAAGUGGCAUCGAUCAAGAAACUCCUCCCUCACCAUCUAGUCUCGAAAUCCUCCACCUACGAGUUACUCACGGCAUGCCUAUGGAAGUGCCGCACGAUCGCACUUGAGAUCGAGCCAGAGGACGUCGUCCGGCUAUCGUGCAUGAUUAGCGCGCGAGGGAAGCGAGGCCUCGGCGUGCCUCACGGUUAUUACGGGAACACGACAGUCUUUGCGACGGUGCUUUCAAAGGCGGGCCAUCUGUGCAAUAGGCCACUGGGGUAUGCAGUCGAGUUAGUGAAGAAAGCAAAAGAAAUGGUGAGCGAAGAAUACGUAAGGUCCUCCAUCGAUGUGUUGGUGAUCAAGGGACGGCCUAAGUACACGACUGUUUGGAACUACGUGGUCGCCGACAUGACCAAGGUCGGGUUCGAAGAGGUUGAUUUCGGGUGGGGCAAGCCGGUGUACGGCGGAAUCCCCGGUGCAUUUCCUUUGAUUAGCAUCUAUGUGAAGUACAAAACAAGAAAGGGAGAGGAGGGGAUUGUUGUGCCAAUAAUGUUGCCGGAGAGGGCAAUGCAAAGGUUUCAACAAGAGUUAGAGAAAAUGACUGAUGAAGAGAUCGGGGGUGAUGAUCAUUAUGGCGUGGAUUCAAUUUCAGUUAGAUCGAAACUCUAGAAGGGUUCUUAGACGUCUGCCCUUUUGACCUUGUAUUCAUGAGAUUGGGCUCAUUUCGCUUAAGAUAACUACAUGUCAUGUUUAUUUUUACCAACUUUCUUGUUAAACUUCAA